GGCGAAUCCUUUUUUCAUCCAUUUUCGACACAAAGAUACUCAGAAAGAAAGCAAUCCACAAGAUUCUUCUUUUUGUUUUCCGCAGAAAAGUUUUGGUUUUGAUUUUGUAGAACGGAAAAAGAAAACACCUUUCAAUCACCUUUGCACCUUCAGGGUUUUGGGAGUAUCUGUUUGAUGACGUGCGUGGAGAUUGUUUCUCUGUUCGUGUCAGAUGGAAGAUCAGGAUAAGUCUCCUCCUCCUCCCAAGGAUUACUAUAAGAUUCUAGAAGUUGAUUACGACGCAACUGAGGAAUUGAUCAGACUCAAUUAUCGGAAGCUUGCAUUGAAGUGGCAUCCGGAUAAACACAAAGGUGAUACUGCAGCUAAAGAGAAAUUCAUAGAGAUAAAUGAUGCUUAUAACGUGCUGAUAGACCCCGCUGCACGUUUUGAGUACGAUUUAACCGGCAUUUAUGAGAUUCACAAGUAUACAUUACGGGAAUAUCUCGCCAGAUUUAAGGGAAUGAUACUCACUUGCAAUGGCCUUGGCAUUAGCCAAUCCUCAUCACCAUGGACACAUCAAUUGUCUGAGACCACCAGUAAAACAACAGACUAGCAAAGUUGGUUUUCUUAUUUCACUUCUUCUUGCCACUUGGAUUCAUUUCUGAAUCACCAAGAAAGUACUCAUUAUCUUCACAGGAUACUGUAUAAACUGAAAGCAGAAGUUAGAGCAGAGCUGUAAAACUGUGUCAAGGUUCUCAACCUCUUUCCCGUCUCACCAGCUUUUAACACGGUGUGUUUGUGCUGUACAAAACUGGAGCCUUUGACAUAUUAAAUUGUUUCAGUUAGAUGUUGUAUUGUUUCUGAAUCGAUAUAGAAUUAAAGAAGCGUAUAAGGUGUCUGGUUUCCAUUCAUACAUUGGUGAUGAUGAUUCAGGUCUUGUGCUACUUACUCCCAUCGUUCAAUGGAUUGAAGCUUCUAUCUCAAAGAUUUAUUUGUAGGCUUUGAAGCUUAUGUCUUAUAAACUGACUUGCCAAUAAGAAUUACAUACAAAAAAUUGAUACAUGAACUUUUAAACAAUACAGGAAACAACACAUUGGUUGGUAUACAGUAUAAGAAAGAAUGUAGAACGUCCAAAACUGAGACAAGUCAGCGACUAGAGAACAUGUCCCCAUAUGCUAGAUUGAGCUCUUCUACAAAAAUUUAACUUGCUUUUGAGAGACCUGAGUUUCUCAUUCCAAGGGAAAACAUCCCCCAAGAGAGUAACAGGAUACAGAUAUGAUCUGAGCUUCAAUUCUGUUCCCCUGGGAUCUCUAUGGUUUCUCAUAAUAAAUAUGAACAUGUGUUAGCUCAUCUCAUAGUAUCCCAACCUCGGCUUUGAAAGAUCUAUGAUCUUUCCAGGGGCAAGCAUCUCACAGGAAAGAGCCUGACACGAAAAUAAAUAUCUUGCAAGCUUCCCUGAGAUAAUCAAGCUGAUCCACUUUGUCCUAACUAGAACUUCACUACACACAGCAUUCAUUUGGUAAGAUCCCAUCUUCUUUCAUUUUCCUAAACAACGCAUCAGCUUCACGCCGUAAACCUUUCUUAUACAAUCCCAACAUCAUUGUAGUGUAUGUCCAAAUAUCAGGCAUAAGCCCUUUGGGAUUAAGGCUACAAUACAUAUCCCAAGCAUCUGACACCUCACCAGCUUUACACAUCCCACGAAUGAUGAUAUUAUACGUAACAAUAUCAGCAACCACCAUUCCACUCUUUUCCAUCUCCUCCAACAUCACCAACGCUUUCUCUACCUUCCCAUUAACACACAGACCAUGUAACAAAACGUUGUAAGUGAUAAUAUUAGGAGACACACCAGAAACAACCAUCCUUUUAAAGAUCUCUUCCGCAACAUUAACCUUCCCUGCUAAACAAUACCCCUGGAUAAGAAUCGUAUAAGUCACUACAUUUCUAACCACUCCUCUCUGAGCCAUCUCGCAAAAUAGUUUCAUCCCAUAAUCCACCUUCCUAGACUUACAAAACCCAUUAAUGAGAAUACUAUAAGUCACCACAUCAGGAAAACAACCUCUACUAACCAUAUACUCAAACAUCUCCUCCGCUUCCUCUAACCGACUAUACAUACAAAACCCAUUAAUAAGCAAACUAUAAGUAACAACAUCAGGCUCCAAAGACCUCCGCACCAUCUCCUCGUAAAGCUCCUCAGCCUCCAAAAGACUCCCUCUUUUAACACAAGCAUCAAUCAACGCAUUGAAAGUAAACACAUCAGGGAUAACACCUUUCUCACUCAUAACACUCACCAUCCUCACAGCAUCACCAAAUCUCCCUAUACCACAAAGUCCAGAGAUUAUACAGUUGUAUGUAACAACAUCACCUCUAACCUCCAUUUCAUUAAAAAAGUCCAAAGCUUUAUCCACUUGCUGACUCUUACAAAGACCAUCAAUC